AUGGCUCCAAGCAAAUACCGCGUCCAAUGCUGUACCUACAACGGCCACCUCGCCAAGGGUCAUAAAGACCUCAAUUCGUUGGCGUCGUGGUUGGCGCCGACGUUGGAGGAAGGCAACGCGGCCGAGGGCGAGGCACCCGACUUCUUCGCCGUCGGCUUCCAAGAGAUGAUUCCUUUGGUGAGUUGGAGUUGGACUGUGGUCUGUGAUUUCGUUCAGUCCGGUGUCCUGCCGCCUGUCACUCCUAUGCUAGCGCUGACCGUGUCGUUGAACGUUGUCCUCUUCUGCCCCACAUCCUCCCUUCGAUCCCACUCGGCGACCUGGUAACGUGUGCAGCAUCUCGCCUUGGUAGGUUUGACCCGCACCGCGUUGGAUCAACACGACCACCAAAUUAAAUCUGCGAUCGAGCAACACACCUCGUCGAACGGCGAGCGCAAGUCGUACACGCUCAUGGCCAAGCAAGUCCUCGGCGGCAUCGCUCUGCUCGUGUUUACGCGGGAUGCCACCGUGACGAACCACGUUGUCGAUGUCCGGGUUGCGACGGCUGCAUGUGGUAUUUUCAGGAGGAUGGGUAACAAAGGCGGGGUUGGCGUUCGCAUCACUUUGAACUCGGAAGGCGACGAGAGCUCGGACAGCAAAUCAGGUGAGGACGGGGACUCGGACACGGGCAACAACGUCUUUACGUUCGGUAGGCCCCGUUUUGCAGUAUAGCCUAGGGUCGAUGAUCCAGCGCUGAGGCGAGGGGUUAUCCUACAGUGACUUCGCAUCUGGCGGCGCACGGCUCGGGCCUGCAGCGACGUAACGAGGACUACCAAUCGAUUGUGGAGCGCCUCAUCUUCACCCCCGAUGGGCCCUCGCAGCACUACCGAACCCAACAGCAGCGCAGCGUCUUCCCGCGCAUCAAGAGCAAAUCGACGGACGGGAUCCAGAUCUACGAUACGACCUAUCUCUUCUUUUUUGGCGUGAGUGCAGCAGUACUGAUUUUGGAGGUUCGGCUUAGGUUCUGAUUAGUUACGUUGCUGCCUUCCCUCAGGAUCUCAAUUAUCGAAUCUCGACCGUGACACCCAAAAGCCUUUCCAAGCAAUUGAUCGCGCACAAGAUCCACAACGACCUCCCUGCUCUGCUCACGCACGAUCAAUUGCGUCAAGAACAAUCCAAGGGUCGUACGUUGCAUCACUUGAGGGAAGGGGAGAUCACGUUCCAACCGACGUACAAGUUCAAAGUUGGCACCGUCGAUACCUACAAGGCUUUCACCAAGAGGGUGCCGGGAUGGACCGAUCGGUGAGUUUGGUCGGAAUUCACUACGAAGCAGUUUGCUCGGGGACCGAGUCUGAUCCACUCUCAUCGCUUCUAUGGAUCAGCAUCCUCUUCUCGUGUUGGUCCGACGGCGAAUCCGGUGCGGGCGAAUUCAUCAAGCGCGAAACCUUGAAAUCCGGUGAGGUCGUCGAACGUUCGGCCAAACGCAAAGGCGCCAAAGUCGAACUCUACACCUCGAUCAUGUCCUUCACCGGCUCAGAUCACAAACCGGUCACCGCGAUCUUCGCUCUCCCUCGACAUCCCAAGGGUAGUUCGGGGCUGAGGCUACCUUUUACGAGUCCUUAUCGGAUCGAUCAAGGGUGGAGGAGAAAGAAGUUGGUCGGCAAGGUGUUGGAUCGGUUUGUGGGCUUUUGGUGGUGCAUCGUCAUGCUGUGUGGGUUGGGCAAGGAUGCGAGGUACGUUUCUCUUCGCCUCCUUUGGACGAGGAUGGUGUAAGAGCUGACCUCUGGACGCGGUUCUCUCAACAUAGGCUCGGAAUGGCGACAUUGGUCAUCGCAGCCACGGCGGCUUAUUACAAGCGAACUUUGCUCGGAUUCUGA